AUGUCCUCCAAAUACCCCAACCCAUGGCGCAGCCCGCGCCUCCACUACCGCGCCAUCCGCCCGUGCGACAAACCCAUCUUCCUGGCCCUAACCACCGACCCAGCCAUGUACAUGGCGAGCACCCACGCAACCCUCAAACUCCCCACGGAGCAAGACGCCGACGAAAACAUGCACCAGGGUCCCCCCUCCGCCGGCGAGGGCAACUCAGAAAGCCUCUUGCAAGCCAUCAUCUGGCGCCCGCACGACACGCCGAUAGCGUCGCUGCCGCUGGAGCAAAAAGAAGCGGUGCUGGAGGAAAUGAAGCGCGUGAAUCCGGCGCAGAUUCUCGAUCCCGAGUAUGGGGUUGCGGUGGGGCAUAUUCAUUCUGCGCCGUCGUCGUUGCAUGAGGCGCAUCAUCGAACUAUGGAGAUUGCGCUGGAUAUUUUGCCGGCGUAUCAGGGCAAAGGGUAUGGGAGUGAAGCGAUUAAUUGGGCGUUGGACUUUGGGUUUAGGAGGGCGGGGCUGCAUAGUGUAAGGUUGAGGGCGUUUGGGUGGAAUAAGGGUGCGAUUCGAUUGUAUGAGCGGCUAGGGUUUGUGGUGGAGGGACGGGAGAGGGAGGCGGUGUGGUUUGAGGGGGAAUGGUGGGAUUCGUUUACGUUGGGGAUGUUGGAUAGAGAGUGGAGGGCGAGGGAGGCGGGAAAGCAAGAAGAGGCGGAGUUUGGGCAUAUGGAUGAGGAAGCACAGUUUGGGCAUGUGGAAUGA